UUGAACUGUAGGGAUAGGAGGGGUGAAGAACGUAAUUUAGCCAUUUGAAUAAACAAAAUGUCGGGGCCCUCGGUGGGAUGGGGGCUCGCGCCAUCUCCAAGAAUCCCACGUGACACGAAAUGUUAUUGUCUCGUGAGUCAUCAUCUCCAAAAAAAGCCAGAGCUCCGGAUGGAGUAAUCCUAGUGCGAGUACUGUUCAAUCACCCUGCCUCAGUUAAUCUUCGGAAAAAGGAAGGAAAAGGGGGAGGACACGCUCUCAUUUCAAUGUUUCUCUCUCUGCCCGCCAUGGAUGAAGAUAACGAUGAGAUUAACAGCUUCCAGCUCGAAGAAGCAGUCAACUCCAAAUUUUUUUACUUGAACAAGAAAAGGAAGACACAGCCUGAGCAAUUAGGCUUGCCCAUUUCAAAACAUAAAUGCUGGGAUCAUCGUUUCCCUCUCAAAACUUCCAAAAUAUAUGAAGAAAAUGAAGAAGAAAAGGACUUGAUCACAUGCAUAAUCGUGCAAAAUGCUGAACGACAGGCCAUUGAUGAAGGAUCAGAUCCUGAAUCUGCCAAAGAUAGCAAUAGUUUUGUUGAAGAUUCUGACUUUGCCAUGUCUGUGGAUGGUGAAGCUAAAUUUGAGAAGGAGGUUUCAAAGAUAUGGCCACCUGAAAGGCCCUCAACUUCAUCAUUCAGCUGCAACAGUCUCAAGGAUGCUCAAUAUUCUUCAGACAGUGCUUUAGCAGCACGACAUGCCGGAAAAGAGGAAUUGACAUUUGUGAAAGGGGAGAUUGAUCAAUGCGGUCAUGAUGAUGGAUUACUAGCAUCUCAGAAUCUUGAAGAGCCUAUCCUCGAAUUUGAAAGCCCUUUAGAUUACAGUUGCUCUGAAUUUGGAAUUGACAGCAUCGAAACAUGCACAGGUAAAGAACUUGAUGAUAUUCUCUAUUCCAAUGGAGUUAAUCCAAAUGUGUAUGCCCUUUCAUCCAGAAGAUGGCUGUCAACCAAGAAGCUCAGUCAGGCCCCAGAAAACCAACCAUUGAUCAAGAAUUUGAGCAGUACUUUUCCAUGCUUAUGCUGUGAUAGUGAGCACUUGUAUUUAGAGCUUGAAGCGAAUGAUUUUAGUACAUAGCUGCAGUAUGUGACUCAUUAGAGUGCAAGUCAAAACAUAAAAGAAGCUUUCGUUUUCUGGUUAAGGCAAGCAUUCCUCGUGAGGGCUGAUUGUGACCAGUUCAGUGAAGCAAUGCCCUUUUUCUUCCAAUCUUCGAGCAAGCUUAGUUUUGCUUGUAUAAUACAGCUGUUUUCUGCUCCUCCACGGUUCUUGUACCAUGCAAGUCGUGAACUUUUAGAAGUAUUGACGGAGCUCUUUCUUAAUGGAUCCUGUUGUUGGCGUUAUGGAUUGAGAAUUUGAGGAAAACCCUCAUAUGUUAGUU